UUCUCUCUCUCUGUUUCCCUCCUCUCUCUCUUUCUCCCUGCCCAUCCAUUCUCUCUCUCUCACUGUCUCCCUUUUCCCUCUUUCUCUCUCUCUCUCCUCUCUCUACUGCAGUGAAGGACCAAGAGCACUGUGAUACACACACACACUCACUCACACACACACGCACGCAUGCACACACGCACCCACACUCACACAAACACACACACAGCAACACGCGCAAGCACCUCAUCUGCCUCACACGGCUUGCAUGAGAGGAACGGGGAAAGGGAAGCUGGUGGUUUUUCUUUUUCCUUUUUUUUUCCUUUGGUUUUUCUUUUUUCAUUCUGUUUUCUGUUUUAAUCCUUUCCUGGGGAGGGAUUUGACGGAUGGCAGAGGCAGCCAGCCCCCCCCUCCACCCCUUCACCAACCCCCAACUGUAUGUCUACCCAUGACUGAACGGAGCUUCGCUGCACUGUGAAGGAGUCUAAACACGCUCAGAUGUGGCCACCGCGCCAGGAACCGACUGCCAGCCCAGCAGUAUCCCCCCUCCCCCCCGUCUCCAUGUUUCGGUGAGGCACGGCGCCCCCCCAGGAGCAUGAAGAGCCUACCAGGCGGGCGGCCGCAGUACCCAUUCCCCCCCAUCCACACCCACGACCCGCGCUACACCCCCUACCUGCUGAGCCCGACGGAGGGCAGCUUCCCCCUGGACGCCCAUGUGUCCCCCCGCACCUCCCUCCACUCCGACUGCCUGGUGAUGGCGCCAGGCCUGCUGCCCCCCAGCGCCGCGCUGCCAGCCGAGCACGUCUCCAGCAGCACCUUUCCCAGAAUGCACUACAGCUCGCAGUACUACAACUCCAUCCCGCGGGAGGACUGCGUCGCCCUCACGCCCACCGUCGCCCACGCACCCAUGUCCUUCUCCUCCUCCGGCGUCACCCAUCACCACCAACAACAACACCAUCACUACGGCAACGCCCUGUCCGGUCACCACGGCAAUCCACGUGGCAACCGCCUCCAGUCGGGCCUGAUGGACCAGAUGGAGAAACAGCGGCCCGUGCAGCGCGAGGGUUUCCACACGCUGCAGUACCAGCGCGGUACCGGCGAGAGCCCCGGAAGGAUCCGGCACCUGGUGCACUCCGUCCAGAAGCUCUUCACCAAGUCGCACUCGCUGGAGGGCAAGGCCAACGGCAGCCGCACCGACAGCAUGCACCACCAGCACCACCACUCCUCCUCCACCUCCUCCAAGCACGGCGGGAGCGGCAAGCGCAGCAAGAGCAAGGAGCGUCGUCACCGCUCGUCUGGCGACUGGUGGAGCUCCGACGACAACCUGGACAGCGAUGGCACCUUCCGCACGCACGGCAUGCUGCGAGCGCGGCAGCAGGCGGUAGCCAGCGAGCACGCGGUUCAACACUGCCCCCCGCUGGAGCAUACGAGCGGCCACUUUGGCCGUCUCUCGCUCAAGACCUCCAAGAGCAGCGGCGACAUCAAGUGCUCAGCCUGCAAGGGCGCGCCGCCCGACGGGAAGUUCCUGAAGAGGAGCUCCUGGUCCACGCUGACCGUCAGCCAGGCCAAGGAGGCAUACAGGAAGUCAUCGCUCAACCUGGACAAGCCCUCCUCGCUGCACCACGAGCACAUGGGCCACCGCCUGCACCACUACCUGCAGGUUCCUGGGGACGAGUGGAGUGGUUACCCUGGCGACCGGGACGAGGAGAUUCCCUGCCGGAGGAUGCGGAGCAGCAGCUACGUGAAAGCCAUGGGAGACGAGGAGAGCGCAGGAGAGUCCGACACAAGUCCCAAGAGUUCCCCGCAGAAGGCCGUCCGCCCUGACGCCCUCGUCCUCAAGUCGGCCAUACAAAGACCACACCUAGACCCCCAAAGCCAAGGCUACCAUCUGCAGACCUCCCGUGACAUGCGCCCCCUCCCCAGUGUGAAUUUGGACCCCCCCACCUCGUACCACCCGCCCCCUUACCGCUCCCGCAACCAGAGCUACAUGCGUGCAGUGAGCACGCUCAGUCAGGCGAGCUGCGUGAGCCAGGGGAAGCAUCAGAGUGAGAGAGAGAAUGGAAGAGGAAAAACUAAGGACUGCUAUUCCUGUUUUUGUCUCUCAGGGAUCCAGUUCCGCCUUCCCACCGCCUGCAGUGUGGACCGCACACAACCUGCCCCCUCAGGAGUGUCGUGUCCCCCCAGCGUAAAGCGGACCCCCCCUCAGGUGCCCCCCCGCAGCAUGACACGGCCCAUCAUCUCUGUCACGGCCCAGAGCAGCACAGAGUCCAUGCCGGACACGCAGCCGGAGGCCGAGUUGGGCCUGACGGAGGGGGUGCGGGGGAUGAGGGGCGCCAUGGGGCACCUUCCCUCCGGAUUGGACAGCGGCAAGGCCAUGGCCAUUGCCAUGGAGACAGCCGCCGGCAAGCGGCUGCUGUCCACAGGUAGCCAGGGUUCCAUCCAGACCUGCGAUAAAGCCGUGCUGGUGUCCAAAGCGGAGGAGUACCUGAAAACACCACGCUCGUCUGUGGGGAUACAGGUUGAGACAGCCACUGACUCGGAGUCAGAGAGGAGAGGGCUUCCACAAUACCACUCAGUGGGCAUCCAGGUGGAGGAUUUCAAACGUCACGGGAGGUUCAAGCGCUCCAACAGCGUGACCACAGCGGUGCAGGCCGACCUGGAGUUGGAAGGCUUCCCCUCCAUGGAGGACAAGGGCCUCCAGUUCGGCGGCUUCCACUCGGAGCCCACCACACCCACCCAGUACGGGGCCCUGCGCACCGUCCGCACCCAGGGCCUCUUCAGCUACCGCGAAGACAACCGCCCCCCCAGCCCCCAGACCCCCGCCUGGCUUGCGGAGACCACCGGGGCAGAAGGGGCGGCGAGGGCAGAGGCGGGGAGCGUGUCGCCCUUGCGUCGGGACGGUAACUGGUUCGUACAGCUGCUGGAGGAGGAGAGCCGGCGGCUAGAGGACUGGUGCCGGGAAAUGGAGCAGGAGGCGGAGGAACAGCAGCUGACCGAGGACAUCCUAGGUAAGAUCAGGAGUGCGGUGGGCAGCGCCCAGCUUCUCAUGUCCCAGAAGUUCCAGCAGUUCUACUGGCUCUGUCAGCAGAACCUGGACCCCAGUGCCAUGCCCAGACCGACGUCUCAGGACCUGGCAGGCUUCUGGGAUCUUCUGCAGCUGUCCAUCGAGGACGUGUCGGCCAAGUUUCAGGAACUACAGCAGAUCAGGGGCAACGAGUGGAAGCCUUUAGAGAGUCCAGAGAAGAAGGCAGGGAAAUGGCCACCCCCUGCUCCACGGAGGCCCUCAAGAGGCCGCGGGGCGAUGAUGCGCGACCGUUCCCUGGACCUCCAGGACCGGCAGCGUCAGGAUGCUCGGCGGCGUCUCCUGGCGGCCAAGCGUGCUGCGUCCUUCCGGCAGAGCUCGGUCACGGAGCGUGGCGACAGCAUUGAGAUUUACAUCCCUGAGGCCCAGACCAGGCUCUGACACACAGACACACAGACUCUCAAAGCAACACACUCACCUUUCAACUUACACCCACUUCAGCACAUGGAGAGAUCACUCAGUGGUGUUUUCACCUCCAUGGGCUCAUUAAUAAUAUUCUAUUUAAUAUCUUAUACCUCUUUGAUAUCAGUUAUCAAAGUCAUCUAAUAAUCUCUGACAUUAGUUAUCACAUGACCUGUGACAUCAAUCGCAUGGCCUCUCACAUCAAUCAUCACAUGACCUUGAUCUUAUUAUGACAUCAGUCAUCACGUCACCGGUCGUGAAAUUAACUAUAAUUCAUCACUUGGUAUAUGACAUGUCAUAACAUCCCAUGACAACACAUUUCAUCAUCCUGUUACAUCUCUGACUUCAUCAUUUUGAUAUCUUGCACACCAAAUAGGUCAUCAUUCAGCCUUUUACCGUCCUGGACAAAGUGGUGCAAAACUCUCCUUAGUACAGCGGAGUGAAGACUGCUGAAUCAUAACCUACUGAGUAACUCAACAACUGAUGGAACUCUACUGUGUGGGUGUCACACAGUGAACACAACUACGUGCACAGAGAGUCUACUUGGUGCACACUAGGCCUGCUCAGUGCACACUAGGCCUACUCAGUGCACAUUAGGCUAUGUACAAGUGUACAUGAUGAACUAUAUGACGUGAACUCUGCUGAUUGAACACUACCAAGUGUAAAAUUGUAAACACUACUGAGAGAAAUCCUACUGAGUGUAAAUGGUGCUGCUUUUUACUCUCCAGUUAAGCCCCGCCCUACACCGGCACUUCAGCCAAUCACAGAUGUCCGAACAUAUAGGCCACUCCUAUAACUAGGAGACAGGCACUGGGAUUGGAUUAUUUUAAACAGGCUUCUUAAACAGGAGCACAGAUGUGGGGAUUGUUUUUUUUUCUUUUUCUUAAGUAUAGAAUUAAUUAAACCUGCUUAAAGAGACUGCCGACAGUUCAGGAGUCUCACGUUAGUCCUUUGUUACAUCAUGGCAUUAUGACAUCACCAAAUAGAUCAAAGAUAAGGGUGAUGUGUGAUGAAUUCACAGAGUUCCCCUGCUGGUUAAGUUUUAAGCUGCUGGAGUAAUGUGAGUGGGCUAGAGUAUAAGUAAAAGGCCAUGAAAUUAUUAUAGAAUAUAUUCUGUUAGUACUUUAGUUUGGGUUCAGUUCUGAGUUGGUUGACAUUGUCAUCCCCAGACGUUCAUUACAAGCUCCAGAGGAAUCUUCCAACUGCUUCUGUUGUUAUCUGUCUGUCUCAUGAGUAUAAACAAUCCUACAAGUCCAAAUGAUGUAAUACUUUACAUGGCAGCCUUAACUUUCCAAAGCAAAAAAAGUAUAUAUAGAUCUAUAUAACUUCAUGAAUGUAUCUCCCCUAUCCCUGCAAAAAAGGAGAGAAAAGACCCCCCCCCCCAUCCCCAUCCAUCAUUGAAAAGACCCCAGA